CGCCAAUGUCUCUAGUCGUGUGUCGUCCUUCGCGAGGUGAGUGUCUGUCGCGCGGCGCCGUUGUAAUCAGUAUCUGGAUUUUUAUUGUCGCGUGUCGUCGCAAAUCUCGCCCCAUCGACGUCAAUAACGAUGCCUUAUCGCGGAAGAUUACGCUUGCUCGGUAGAGCCUGCUUGGCGUUCAGGAAUUCGUGUAAAAAGAGCGAGAACAGUAGCCAUUUCACCGCCAAUAUAGUCGGCAGGAAUUUCUCCGUAAGCAGUGCGCUCGAUAUGAGGUUUGUUCAAUUCACAUUCAAGAAUGGAGGUCCACAGCACCUCGGUGUGCAGCUGAAGCAAGGAGGCGAUAUCAUCGCCGUGUCAGCGGUUGACUCGCGAAUCCCGAACACUCUGAAAAAAUUUCUGGAAGGCGGCGAUGAUCUUCUCAAAAAGGCCAAGAGGGAAGACGAUAUCGACCUAAGGAAGGCAGUGGAGAGAAUAGUCGCCGAAGGACGGAGCAUCAUACCCGAGGCCGACGUGAAUUUCCUCGCACCGGUCACGCGCAUGGACAAGCUCGCCUGUAUCGGUCUCAACUAUAGCGGUCAUUGUCAGGAGCAAGGUCUACCGAUCCCGGAGAGUCCUAUAAUCUUUAGCAAAUUCCCCAGCAACAUCAUCGGGCCAUGCGACAACAUUCAGCUGCCGCAAAUUUCCGACAAGGUCGAUUGGGAGGCCGAACUGGCGAUAGUUAUCGGCAAAACAUGCAAAAGUCGUGACAGCAAUGACGUCGAGGACUGCAUCUUUGGAUACACGGUGGCUCAAGACGUGACGGCGCGGGAUUGGCAGAAAGGUAAACGUAACGGUGGGCAGUUCCUCCUUGGCAAAGGAAUGGACACGUUUUGUCCUCUGGGUCCGGCGGUCGUCACCAAGGAGGCGAUCUGCGAUGUCCACAAUUUAUCCGUGAAGACAUGGGUAAACGGCAAUUUGAAACAGGACGGCAAUACCAGUGAACUUAUCUUCAAACCCAAUGAUAUAGUCUCUUAUAUUUCGCAAUUUAUGACGUUACUGCCAGGCGAUGUAAUCCUUACCGGCACUCCUGCCGGUGUGGGAUACACACGCAACCCACCGGAGUUCCUGCAGCGCGGAGAUGUACUCGAAACUGAAAUUGAAAGUUUGGGAAAACUGAGAAACAAAGUAAUCUAAGAAAUGGAAUAUGCAUUCGAAGAUCGUGUAGAAGAAGAAGUUUCUCCUUCAAGAUCUUCACAAGACUGGAACUACGUUCCUUCUGGGACGAACAUUCGCAAUAACGUAGAAUUAUCUUUUCAAAACUUAAUUUGGUGAAGACAUUGACAGGAAUGGUCGAGAACAGGCCUUCGCCAAAUACUGGAAUUUUUUAUUCGGAUAUCCAAAAACUUAAAAUCUCAAUAUUCUAUUAAAAUAACCCAAAUUCUGACCCAAGUUGAGUCAUUAAAUUGUAGUUAAAAAAAAGUAUUGAUUUAUUGAUUGAAAUUUUCGAAAAGGAUCUAAGUUGCUGUAAAUAUGUUUCGGGUCGAACUUACUGCUAACUUGCUCCAAAUUCGGAUUUGAUUCUUUAAUUAUUCGAAUACUUUAGGGAAUUCGAAUUCCCAAGUUCUUUGAUUAUUCGAAUAUUUUAGAGGAUUCGAAUUUCCCUUUAAAUGCUGGUUAUAGCCAUCAUUUAAAGUAUUAUAUUUAUUCGCUAUCCGAAUAAUCGGAUAUCCAAAUAAUGUUAAAUUCGAACGAAACCGAAUGUCUUGAAACCUAUCAAGACAUUCGGAUUAUUCGGACGACGUCGAUAACAGCACUAUUACGAAUGUUCAUGCCGGGAACAAUGCCCUUCUUCACUCAGGGCGCAAAUGCAUCCAACAGAUAGAAUAACAACGCUAAUUUUUUGUGUUAUGUAUUUUAUGUACUUCUAUAAUUAAAAUGAAAUUGUUUUCAUGA